AUGCAAAUGAUAGCGUUGCGUGACAGAUCUUCCCGCCCUGUCAUCGGGGCUAUGUUGGGCAUGCACAUCGAUUUCAAUAAAUACGCUCAGCGGAGCCUGGCGUUAUUGUCUCAUGUUCCCUCCCCCCGGCAUCCAUAUCACGAGUCAAACUGUAGACGGUUCCUGUGUUGCACAAACGAUGGCUCAAGGAACGCUGAGAGUUGUUCUGGCUUAACCCCAGUCCAAACGCAUUGCAUCACAUUGCUUAAGGACGAGCCUUUUGACCUACAAACAAGCGGACUCAAACCACGUUGUAGCGCGGAGUCUGUGAGCAUGGAAGUAGCACCAGUUACCACAUGGACUAGAGACAGCACAGAGACGCCAGAAGACUCGGAGAAAAAUGUCCAAGUUGAGUGUGCGGUGUGCGGGGACAAGUCUUCCGGCAAGCACUACGGUGUCUUCACGUGCGAGGGCUGCAAGUCUUUCUUCAAGCGCAGCGUCCGGCGAAACCUUACUUAUACGUGUAGAGCUUCCAGGGACUGCCCUAUAGACCAGCACCACAGAAACCAGUGCCAGUACUGUCGUUUAAAGAAGUGUCUCAAAGUGGGCAUGCGGCGAGAAGGCUCUACAGCGGUCCAGCGAGGUCGUAUCCCAGCGGCCCAAACACCGACACAGAACGCAGCUCUCCCGGGAAUCAACGGCGAUGGAAGUACAAACGGACACUCGUAUCUGUCGGGCUUCAUCGCGCUCUUGCUCCGCGCAGAACCUUACCCGACGACGCGUUUCCAGCAGGGGCUUAACAUGCCUUGUGGUAUUAUGGGCAUCGAGAAUAUCUGCGAACUGGCCGCUCGGUUGUUGUUUAGCGCAGUGGAGUGGGCUCGUAAUAUCCCCUUCUUCCCUGACCUAGCAGUGACAGACCAAGUCGCUCUCCUUCGACUCGUGUGGAGUGAGCUGUUCGUACUGAACGCCGCACAGUGCCCGAUGCCUCUCCAAGUAGCUCCUCUAUUGGCCACCGCUGGGAUUCACUCCAACCACAUGUCGCCCGACCGAAUGGUCUCGUUUAUGGAUAACAUUCGCAUCUUUCAGGAGCAAGUCGAAAAGCUGCGAAACCUGCACGUGGAUGCUGCAGAGUUUGCGUGUCUGAAAGCAAUCGUCCUGUUUACCUCAGACGCUUCCGGCCUCACUGAUCCACAGUAUAUCGAAAGCCUUCAGGAGAAGACGCAAUGCGCGCUUGAAGAGUACACGCGUAACCAGUACCCAAACCAACCGACCAGAUUCGGCAAGUUACUACUCCGCCUGCCUUCCUUGAGAAGUAUAAGUUCUUCCGUUGUGGAACAACUGUUCUUUGUUCGGUUGGUUGGGAAAACACCAAUCGAGACCUUGCUAAGGGACAUGCUUCUAUCGGGAACUCCGACCACUUGGCCGUAUCUGCCUUGCUCAUAAACGCAGCCAAAGUGUACCUAAGGUACUAGAGUCAUAGCUUAUUUUUACGAGUGUGAUUUAAGUGUGAAAAUUCAAGCCUUCUAAAGGCUCGACGACAUUUUACUAUCCCAUGUAGCAUACUGUUUGAAGAACUUGGGGAGUUUUAUACACGGCUACAGGCCUCUAAACUUGUCUUUGUAAUACGUAGAUAGCUAGAAGCUAGUUUGCAAUUUUGUUCGUACAUUUAAGACUUGCAUUUUAUAUAUUUACGAGUUAGGGUUGAUACCUUUUGAAAAAAAAAAACAUGACUUGGUAUGACUUUGAUAUCAAGUGUUCAGUUAGGCGAAUCAUAUAAGGGUUUGUUUAAUGUUUUUUUUACUUAAGCUUCUUAGAAUAUAAGCUAGACGAGGGAAUUUGCAACAAAGUCCCGCUGUAAGAUAGUUGUAGAUAGGAUACUAUUAGUGACAGAUUAUUUGAUUAAGUAUUUCAGCUAAGGAGAAAACGCCUGAUAGUCCUAGACUGUUCAUGACUCAGAUUUUAGAUUUUAAAGUCGCCGAUUUUGCUUGGUUUUGAAAGUUCCUAUUGAGAAUUUUAUGUGGUGUAUCCAAAGAUGUCCAAGACAUCAAUAGACUUGCAUGUUUGCCCAUUAAAAUCUUUUUUAUCAAAGGCAAUCUUUGAAGCA